AUGGAAUUCAACGCUAUCAUAUUUUGCGGAAAAGGUUCAAAUCUCUCGCCUUUCUCCGGCGUUAAGGACACAGGAACUACCAAAGCUCUUCUUCCUAUAGCCAAUAAACCCGUGAUUCGAUAUGUCCUGGAAUGGUGCGAUCAAGCACCUUUCAAGACAGUUACAGUAGUCUGCGGUACAGACGUUCUGGCUGAUAUCAGCCCUGUUGUGGCAAAAUACAGAGAUACGAGAGGCUCUGAACUCAAUUCAACCAGUACAUUGUCGUGUAUCAGUUCCUCAUGCUCAACUACAGGCUCCAUACUUAGUGAAGUGCUCAAAACGCAGAAAUUCCUAUACAAAGAAAACAUCGUUUUGCUUCCUUGUGAUUUUAUUACUGAUGUACCACCUCAGGUAUUUAUAGAGAUCUAUCGAGGAACAAGUGAUGAAAAUUUAGGUUUGGCCAUAUCGUAUAACAACAUGUUUGAGAACAUAGACAACAAAAUCUUGAAGACCAACUAUACGGUAUAUGCCAAUCAAGCGGAUGGAAAUACCGUCUUGUUGGAUUUAUACUCAAAGAAUUACGUGGCUUUGACCAAAUUUUUAAAGAUCAGGACACAGCUAAUCUGGCGAUAUCCAGAGACACGGGUUUCGACUAAUCUGCUCGAUGCGUUCAUCUUUUUUGUUAACUUUAAGAUUUUCGAUAUUAUUGCAGGCCAGAAGGACAGCUUCUUCAACAAUCGUUCUGCAAAUAAGAUUAAAAGAGACAUAGCUAGAAGAUCCUGGUCUCAUUCGACGCCGAAGGAGACUGUAGGAUUGUUUGUUUUACCAAAGGAAUCCGUAUUUGCCAGAUGUAACAAUUUAUCUGUCUAUAUGGAAGUCAAUCGAUUCUUCCUUAAGAAACAUGCCAGACAGAAUGCCAAUUUGACCAGCGGUCAGAAGAGUAAAGACAAUAAAAAUGCAGCCAUCGCCGGUGCCGAUUGUGUUAUUGGCCAGGAUACUGAACUGGGUGACAGAACGAAUGUUAAGCGUUCAGUGAUAGGAAAUCAUUGCCGAAUCGGCAAGAAGUGUAGGAUUACGGCGUGUAUCUUACUUGAUGGAGUCACGUUGGAAGAUGACGUGCACUUGGAAAACUGUAUCAUCGGCAAAAAGGCCAAAUUAGAGGUGAAAUGUAGACUUGUCAACUGUUAUGUGGAGGGAUCUUACAUAGUGGGAAAGGAUGUAAACUUGAAAGGAGAGACAUUGACAAAUAUCUCAUUGGAGAAGUUUGAAGGUGAAGAGGGAGAACUUGAAAUCGAAAACGCAUCAGAUAUAGAUGACAAUGAAGUGCUCUAUUCAGAAACCGACAGCGAACCCACCAAUGAUGCGGAUGACACAGAUAAUGGGUCAUUUGAUUCCGAGUUUGUAUUUGCAAAUUAA